UUCUUAUUUUUUUCGUGAGGUUAUUUUCUACUGAGUAGGGAAAUCGAACGAAAGCUCCUGACACAAGAAUAAUCUAAGUGAAUGACCCCUUGGUUAAGUGAUCUGCCUCAAUAUUGAUGAGUUGAUGAUGUAAACAAUAAAAAUGUCCAUUUUUCAAUUUGUGUGAUUGAGAAUGAUUUUUGUGCAAUGACAAUGCUAAACUUUUGCCUGAUUUUAAUUAAAGUAUAGAUAACUGGUGUUUGAUAAUGAAAGGUUAAAAAAAAGUCGCCGUCAAAACAAAAUUAUUAUCGCAUUUAAGUGAAUUCCUUCAUAAGAAUUAGUUGAAAAAUGAAAGAUUGGCUGAAAAUAUCUUUGGCUUUGUGCACUUUUGGAUUCUUUCGAGAAUUCAGACCGAGUGAACCAUUUGUGACUGAGUUUUUAUCAGGAGAAUGGAGAAAUAUCACUUCAGAUCAGUUGAAUCGAGAAGUUUAUCCAAUCGGAACUUAUGCAACACUUGGAUUGUUAGUUAUUGUUUUUCUUAUCACUGAUAUUCUUCGCUAUAAACCAAUAAUAAUUGCAUCAGCAUGUGCCGGUAUCAUAAUCUGGUCAAUGUUGUUGUGGACAACGUCAUUACUUGCUCUCCAAAUUGUGCAAGUCUUCUACGGAUUUUAUAUGGCAGCUGAAGUAGCAUAUUACACAUACAUGUAUGCAAAAGUCGAUAAGUCGAAAUAUCAAAAAGUGACUGGAAAUGCACGGGCAGCAAUUCUUGCAGGAAGAUUUACAGCCAGUGUUGUUGCACAAUUGCUUUUUUCAUUUGAAAUUAUGAACUUGAGAGAUCUGAAUUAUCUAACACUUGGAGCGCAAAGUAUUUCAUUGAUUGUUGCUGUUCUUCUUCCUUCUGUUGGAAUCAGUCUUUACUUUUAUUCAAUUCCUAAUGAAUCUGAAAACAACAGUGUAUCAAAUGAUGAAGUACCAAAGGAAACAAAUGAAAAAACCAAAGAAGAACCAAAAUUUUCUUUUAGACGAGCUUACAAGCUACUUUGGAAGCAUUUCCUGGAGUCUUAUUCAAAUCCAAAAGUUGUCCAAUGGAGUUUCUGGUGGGCACUUGCAAUGGCAGGAUUUCUAAUGGUCCAAAUUUAUGUGCAACUUUUAUGGCAAGACAUUGACGAGGACCGAGAAUUUCUUUUGAAUGCUGGUGUCGAAGCAACUUUGACAUUAUUCGGUGCAAUUGCAGCGUUUCUUGCCGGAUAUCUUACAAGCAAAACAUUCAAGAAACUUGAUAUGUGGAUUUUAACAGCUUGUUCAUUACUUCAAGGAAUCUUCAUUGUUAUUUCUUCGCAAACGACUCUAAUUUGGAUUGCCUACGCAAUGUAUGUAAUGUUUGGUGUUCUUUAUUCUUUCAUGAUCACAAUUGCAAGUGCAGCAGUUGCACAACAGCUCGCCGAUGAUUGUUUUGCUUUGAUCUUUGGCAUCAACACUUUAAUCGCUCUUGUAUUUCAAACAAUUCUAACAGUUGUUGUUAUUUCUUAUUUGGAUUUAAGUACGAGAGACCAAUUCCUUGUAUACGGUUUCUACUUUAUAGCACUCGCAUUAGUUUACUUAGUCACUUCCAUAGUUAAAUUAGUGUUCUUUAGGAACAAUGAUAAGUACGACAUUAGAGACUGAAAUAAAAAUACUUCUAAUCCUUUAAAA